ACCCCUUAGAAGUAAACAACAACAGGACGACACAAUUUACCUCUUUCUCUUAAUUCUUCCUUGAAAAAGGUACUUCCAGAGCGCAGGAUCUAAGCCGUCACCAUGACUACAGCUGCACGCCCAACCUUCGAGCCCGCGAAGGGUGGCAUGGGGCGUGGGGAGAGGGACCUGAGUGCUCUGUCGAAGCAAUAUUCAGCCAGAGAUCUGCCGUCACACACGAGACUCAAGUACCGUGAUCAUGGCCAGUCCACCACUGAUGAGCUCCGCAGCCGUGACUUCCGCCGUGAGUUGGAGGACCGCGAGCGUGCUGCCAGGGACAAGCGCACCAGCAGCAGCAGUGGGAGCAGCAGCAGCAGCAGCAGUAAUCAGAGGGACUCAGGUGCUCCGUCAUCCUCCUCCUCGUCUUCCUCCUCAUCCUCCAAGAAACCCAGGCUUGACCAGAUCGCACCUGCCAAUCUGGAUGCUGAUGACCCCCAGGACGAUGACGACGAGGCGUCCGACUCUGACGACUCUGACGAUGAGGCUGUGCUAUUUGCCGAGCUGGAGCGCAUCAGACGAGAGCGCGCCGAGGAAGAGGCCAAGAAGCAACGGGAGCGCCAGGAGCAGGAGGAGCGCAUCCGCAUGGAAAACAUCAUCUCAGGAAAUCCUCUGCUCAACCUUGCUGCGGCACCCAAGUCUGAUAUGAAAGUCAAGCGCAGGUGGGACGAUGACGUCGUUUUCAAGAACUGCGCUGCCUCAGAGCCGGACAAAAGCGAAAAGACCUUCAUUAAUGACUCUUUACGUUCCGAAUUCCACAAAAGAUUUAUGGAAAAGUAUGUUAAGUAAUCCCCCCUCCUACCUCUUUCUCUCCCCAAAAACAAAAUGAAAUGCUGUUUGUAUGUGUAGAGUAGCUCAACUUUUUUCUUUACCUAUUUCUUUUUACUUUUAAGAGUUUCGUACCACCUUACCUCUUUUGUCAUUUUGUACUAUUAAGGUGAAUAAAAAAAAAAUGUUUUUUAUCUAGCUAUUAAGAAAUAGAAAG